AUGUUAAUUCAUUCAUAUCCUUUUUUUCAUACCAAUACCUACUCCAAGUCUCCAACAAUGCAAACCAAACUGCAAUCCAUCUAUGCACCUCAUCUCAAAACUCCAAAGAAAAUAGUUAGCACAUUAAACCAAAACAACCAAACCAAUCAACAAGCAUCAGCAGGCAAAAUUAAACGUCUUGUUCUAACACAAGAAGGUAGAACCAAACUCAACAUUUACCAAGACAAAGAGUUUUAUGCGUUUCCGCGCCUUGUGACUCAUGUUGACGACAGAUUCAUUUCUACACUAACAAAUCUUUACAGAGAAAGGUUAAGAGCAGACACUGAAAUACUUGAUCUCAUGAGCUCUUGGGUUAGCCAUCUACCGAAUGAUGUCAAAUACAAAAGAGUAGUUGGGCAUGGGAUGAACGCGCAAGAGCUUGCGAAGAAUCCAAGGUUGGAUAACUUUGUUGUAAAGGAUCUUAAUAAAGAUCAAGUGUUUGAAUUUGAGAGCUGUUCUUUUGAUGCAGUUUUGUGCACUGUUAGUGUGCAGUAUCUCCAACAACCAGAAAAGGUAUUUGCAGAGGUGUUUAGGUUGCUAAAACCAGGAGGGGUGUUCAUAGUGAGUUUUAGCAACAGAAUGUUUUAUGAGAAAGCCAUAAGUGCAUGGAGGGAAGGAACAGGUUACAGUAGGGUUCAGUUUGUGGUUCAGUAUUUCCAAUCAGUGGAAGGUUUCACAGAGCCAGAGGUAAUUAGAAAGCUUCCAGCACCUAAUGAUGAAGAAAACUCACCGGUUGGCUGGAUCAUCAAGAAGCUCUUUGGAUUGUUUUCAGGGUCAGAUCCCUUUUAUGCGGUUAUUGCUUAUAGAAAUUUUAAGCCAAUACAUGAUAAUUGA